AUGGACUCCAGCUCUCACAAACGCUAUCAUCUUCAUGAAUGGGAUACAAAAGAUUUCUUUAAUACUUAUUUUUCUGGAAGAUCUGAAAAGAAUAUCUUUGAUGAUGCUGUAAAAUUUCCAAUUGAACAACUUUACAAGGUGGCAGGUCUAGGUAUGUUUAAUGCUUGUUACCUUAAUACUGUUUACAUGUAAUAAUACUUGACAUUCUCACUUUCUUACAUUUUUGUCCACCUACAACUCACAUGGCAGCUGUCUAGCAUGUAUAGAUACAACUUUAUCAUAUGUGGUAAAUACAAUUAUAUAUGUUCAUGUUCCAAAAGGCUGUCAUAGAUGUGUUCUUAAUUUAAUCUUCUAUCUACAAUUUUAUAUUAGUUUGGGAUUUCUCAUUAAAUAUUAAAAACUAUGGCAAUUUUUAUAUAUACAAGUGGUUCUGGCUAAAAUAUAUAUCUGUUAAUUUUUGACUGGUUUUAAGCUUUUUAUAUCUUAGAUUUUUUAGUAUAGUUUUCUUUGAAUUUAUUUUCAGAAAUUAAAUUUUGAAGUAAACAAUAUUGCUACACUAAAAAUGUAUAUGGGUAAUAUAUCAUGGGAUUACAUGUCACAUAGUUACAUAGUUACAUAGUUACAUAGCUGAAAAGAGACUUGCGUCCAUCAAGUUCAGCCUACCUCACAUUUGUUUUUGAUCCAAAAGAAGGCAAAAAACCCCAGUUUGAAGCACAAUUUUGCAACAAGCUAGGAAAAAAAAUCCUUCUUGACCCCAGAAUGGCAGUCAGAUUUAUCCUUGGAUCAAGCAGUUAUUACCCUACAUUGGAAGAUUAUAUCCUUGAAUAUUCUGUUUUUGCAAGUAUGCAUCUAGUAGUUGUUUGAACAUCUGUAUGGACUCUGAUAAAACUACUUCUUCAGGCUGAGAAUUACACAUCCGGAUUGUUCUUACAGUAAAAAACCCUUUCCUUUGCCUUAGACGAAAUCUUCUUUCUUCCAGUCUAAACGCAUGGCCUCGUGUCCUAUGUAAAUGUUAUGUUUGAAACAAGGAUAUAAUCAUGAAGUGCAUGAAAUUAUGCAGAAAGUUCAUAUAAAUGGGUGUUUAUGAUAUUUUUUAGGAUUAAAAAGGUGAUAAAACCAAUUCUUUAUGCCACAGCUUCACCCUCAGAUAUUUCAAAUCAGUUACUUUACUACAGAACUACAUGAUCCAACAGAUAUUGUUGGUGUGGAUUUUGGCUUGAGUAGUGAGAUGUCCAGAUGACUAUUUUGAGUCUGUGGUGGAAUUUGAUUUUAGUAUAUGAAAUAAUUAAUAAUCCUCUUUAAUAUUUAAUGUGUAUUAAAAAAUGUCAUCUCUAUCAAUUUAAUUCAGGUGAAAAUCAGAUUAUGACCAAAAAAAAGCAAUUUUGGAUGGCUGUUUGCUUUGCUUGUUUACUAUUUGAACUUGUAUAUUUUUCUCCGCAGGUCAAAUUACAGGAGACUGUUUACUUGAUAUUUCUGCUGGCCCUGUCAUUCACCAUCUGUUGCCCAUUUUUGAGUCUUUCAAAAGAAUAACUAUUUUAGAAUUUAGUGAUCUCUGUGUGAAUGAACUGGAGAAGUGGAAGAGUAAAGAGUCAGAUUUUCUUGACUGGACCCAUGCCUUAUCGAUUAUGGCCGAAUUGCAAGGUACAAGGUAA